AUGGCGCUGGACACCACUCUCUUUCCCCCGAACGUCUUCCUCAAGUACCUCCGCACCGUACUCGACGCUGCCCAGUCCGGCCUCCGCCUCCGCCCCUCCCUGAACAUCAAGCUCCUCCCCGAAUGGCCCAAGCCCACCUCUCAGCAGCGCAAAUCCCGCUUUUCACAGCACUACAAGCCGAAAUCCAAAAAACGGGAGGCCGUCGCCCACGACCCGACAUCGCUCGCCCAGGCAGUCGAGCGCGGCUCGCUCCAAGAGUCCGAGCUGCUGUACAACGAGGGGUGCAAGCACUCCCCGCUCUUCCUCGAUGCCGACAUCACGAACCCGAUCGUGAGUGUGCGGAUGGCGGUCCUCGAACUCGCCAAGCUCUGCGACUGCGGCUCUCCCUGGAUGGUGCUGGAUUCACCUGCGGGCUUCAUGAACAUCCGGGUGGUAGCGAUCCGGAAGCUGCACGAUCGCGCGCCUUUGUUCGUCGUGGUUUUCCGCCUCUUCGGUGCGUUCACCGACCCCGCGAAGGCGGAAGGCAUCGCCUGGCGCCGCAGGCAAGUGAGAACCGCGCCGCUAGAUCCCAAGAAUCCAGACUGGACGUCGAACGUCUUCAAAGUGAACCCCCUCGCCGGGAAGAUCCUCUUCCAGAUUCUUUGGAUCAACGGACAUCUUCUGCGGUCAGAUAUGGGCCUCAUCAGCAAGUGCGUGGGGCGAGGAGAAGGCGAGUACGGGGUCUCGAUACUGGGGCCGAUCGGGCACAUCUACCAACACUCGCUCUUGGACAUACAACCACGAUUCCGUUGCGUGGUGUGUCAGAAAACCCCUGUCAAGGAGUGCUCAGGUUGCUACGCGGUGGCUUACUGUAGCAAAGAAUGCCAGGGCAAAAACUGGUCCGUGCAUAGCCGGGAGCAGUGUAUCCCGCGCUUCGGUAUGCGCUGGGUCACUGUUCGGGUUUCCACUCUCUUGUGCGACCCUUCGCGCUUCGGAUCUCCGGAGCUCAUCAAAGUCGUCGAGCGUCAGUCUGCCGACACGCUGGACAACUAUCUCAGCAAGCCUUUCGUCGUGAGGUUCACGAAAUCCCCGUCUCCGGAUACUCAGGCUCUAGAGGCGAGCCUUCACCCGCCUUCCUGCACGGCGAUGGAGCUGCUCGACGUCAAACGCUCGCUCACUUUCUCUCUCUGUCGCAAUCACGAUCCUGGCCAGCCCUUUGACGUACUUGAGGCCGAGAUGCAGGGACCCCGUGGGGGCCACGACGGGAAGAAGAUGUACCGCUGGGCGUCGAGGACCGGGGACUGGACCUACAGCAUCUGCCUGGAUCGCGUGCCUCCGGCGGCGCUCUCCGGUUGGUGA